CCCGCCCCGCCCUCCUGGACCUUCGGGGCCGCGGAGUGUCUGCCGCCGGGUUUCCGGCUGUAGAGCUGAGGUCGCUGGCGGCCGGGGUCCAGACGCCAGGUUGCGGCGAGCGGGGCGGUUCCGGAGUAUCCCGCAUGCGGAGCGCGGCCUGGCGAGGCAUCACCCCGGAGCCCUGAGCCUGAGGAGAUCUCCUGGAGACUGCACCCAUCCUGGAGAGAAGAGCCCAAAAAGAGGACAUGGCUCCUGAGCAAAGGGAAUCAAGGUCUCAGGUAUCAGUAACAUUUGAGGAUGUGGCUGUGCUCUUUACUCGGGAUGAGUGGAGAAAGCUGGAUCCUUCCCAGAGAAGCUUGUACCGGGAGGUGAUGCUGGAGAACUAUAGUAACCUGGCCUCACUGGCAGGACCCCCAUUCACCAAACCAAAGGUGAUCUCCCUGUUGCAACAAGGAGAAGAUCCCUGGAAGGUAGAGAAAGAAAGUCCCGGAGACUCUUCAAUCGGAUAUAAGAGCAGUCUUCAAACCACAAAGUCAACUCAAACUAAAGACUUCACAUUUCAAGGGCUGAGGAGGAAAAGACUAAAAAGGGAUGAACUCUGGGAUGUUAUAUCAGAAAAACCCUGUAUAUCUGAAAACAGGUUAAAAAGACAGCAAGACAAAAAUGAAAGCUUAAAAAUAUUUCCAGUUACCCAUAAGAAAAUUCUUACUAUAGACAAAAGCCAUAAAAAUUUUGAAUUUGGCCAAAACGUCAGCCUAAAAUCAGUUAUAUUUAAGAAACAAAGGAUUGCUAGAGAAAGAACACCCUUAAAGUAUGAAAUACAAAGAAAUAAUUUCAAACAGAAUGCAAAUUUACUUAACCAACCAAAAAUCAAGACAGCAGAGAAACGCUAUAAAUGUAAUACAUGUGAAAAAGCUUUCAUUCACAAUUCAUCCCUUCGUAAACAUCUGAAAAAUCACACUGGAGAGAAAUUAUUUAAAUGUAAAGAAUGUUUGAAAGCUUUCAGCCAAAGUUCUGGUCUUAUUCAACAUCAAAGAACUCAUACUGGAGAGAAACCCUACAUAUGUAAAGAAUGUGGGAAAGCCUUUAGCCAUAGUGCAUCUCUUUGUAAGCACUUAAGAACCCAUACUGUGGAGAAAUCCUAUAGAUGUAAAGAAUGUGGUAAAUCCUUUAGCAGAAGAUCUGGCCUUUUUAUGCAUCAAAAAAUUCAUGCUCGAGAAAAUCCCAAUAGAUAUAAUCCAGGUAGGAAGCCAUCCACAUCUCUUCCAGGGUGUCAGAGAAUUCAUUCCAGAAAGAAGUCCUAUUUGUGUAAUGAAUGUGGCAACACCUUUAAGUCUAGUUCAUCUCUUCGUUAUCAUCAGAGAAUUCACACCGGAGAGAAACCUUUCAAAUGUGGUGAAUGUGGGAGAGCCUUCAGUCAGAGUGCAUCACUUAUUCAACAUGAACGAAUUCACACUGGAGAAAAGCCCUAUAGAUGUAAUCAGUGUGGAAAAGGUUUCACUUCUAUUUCCCGACUCAAUAGACAUCGAAUUAUUCAUACUGGAGAGAAAUUAUAUAAUUGUAAUGAAUGUGGCAAGGCCUUAAGUUCCCAUUCAACACUUAUCAUUCAUGAAAGAAUUCACACUGGAGAGAAACCCUGUAAAUGUAAAGUGUGUGGGAAAGCCUUCAGGCAGAGUUCAGCUCUCAUUCAGCAUCAGAGAAUGCACACUGGAGAAAGACCCUACAAAUGCAGUGAGUGUGGGAAAACAUUCAGGUGUAACUCAUCCCUUAGUAAUCAUCAGAGAAUCCAUACUGGAGAGAAACCCUAUCAAUGUGGGGAAUGUGGGAUGUCAUUUGGCCAAAGUGCAGCUCUUAUUCAACAUCAGAGGAUUCAUACAGGAGAAAAACCCUUUAAAUGUAACACAUGUGGGAAAACUUUUAGACAAAGCUCCUCACUUAUUGCACAUCAAAGAAUUCAUACUGGAGAGAAACCCUAUGAGUGUAAUGCAUGUGGGAAACUCUUUAGCCAGAGGUCUUCCCUUACAAAUCAUUUUAAAAUUCAUAUAGAAGAGGGCUCCUUGAAAGCAGAUUUGCAUGUGUCCCCAACAAGCACAGGUGCCACCCUCCGUCCACCGCCCAAUGGUGGCCCCGCGCCUGCGCACCCUGACGCUAGCGUCCUGGCCCCGCAGCCUUGUGGGAAAUGUAGUACAACGCGUCGGGUGCGGCUGCGUCCGUCUGCUGGCCGCCCCGGCUUGUUCUGCGAGAGGGUGAAUGCAGUGCCCCGGCGGCGGGCCUCGGAGGAUCCCGAAGGAGGAGCCCAGAACUGCAGGGGGAGGCCUCUGCGGCCCGCGGGGCGGAGCCGGCAGCGGAUGGGCUCGGGGAGAGUCCUCUCCUCCACCGGGCCACUGAGCUGCAGGUGCGCCCCCUCAGGUACCCAGCAGCCAGGCCGUGGAGUACAGUUUCUCAUGAUUUCCUGUCCUUCCCUCAACUCCACAUUCCCUAGGAAGGACCCCACAGGAAGGAAGAAGGCAAUGGCUGCUGGGCCUCUGCCUUUGGAAGCUCAGUUUCAGGAAUCAGUGACAUUCAAGGAUGUGUCUGUGGAUUUCACUUGGGAGGAGUGGAUGCACCUAGAUUCUGCUCAGAGGAACUUGUAUGGGAAAGUGAUGCUGGAGAACUACAGGAACCUGGUCUCACUGGGGCAUCAGCUUUCCAAACCUCAUGUGAUCUCCCAGCUAGAACAAGAAGAGUUAAAUCUGAAGAACAAAGAACUCCCAGGGUGUGCUUCUCCAGAUUGGGAAAACAAACAAUCAGCUCCAAAACCCAGCAUUACUGAAGAUUUAUCCCAUGGGGUCAUAAUGGAAAGGGAACAUGUCUGGCAUUCAACCUUAGGGGAAACCUGGGAACCUGGACAUUGGUUAGAGGGGAAACAGGAGAAACAUCUGGGCCGAAUGGCAUUUACCCACGAGGAAACCCUCACAGAGAGAAGGGUAUGUAGAGGGAAUGAAUUUGAAAGAUUUUCCAAUCAGGGUUCAGUCCUUGAUACACCACAAAGCAUUCCCGUGGCAAAAAGAUCCUAUAAUUGGAUUUCACAAGGAAAAGACACCAAACAAAAUUCUGAAUUAAUGAAAAAUCAAAGAAUGUUUGUAGGAAAGAAAAUCUAUGAAUGUAAUGAAUGCAGGAAAACCUUCAGCCAGAGCUCAUCACUUCUUAAGCACCAGAGGAUCCAUACUGGGGAGAAACCAUAUAGAUGCAAUGUAUGUGGCAAGCAUUUUAUUGAACGCUCAUCUCUUACUGUACACCAAAGAAUUCAUACUGGAGAGAAACCUUACAAAUGUAGUGAGUGUGGGAAAGCCUUCAGUCAGAGCAUGAAUCUUACCGUUCAUCAAAGAACUCAUACUGGAGAGAAACCUUAUCAGUGCAAAGAGUGUGGAAAAGCCUUCCGCAAGAAUUCAUCCCUUAUUCAACAUGAAAGAAUUCAUACUGGAGAGAAACCCUAUAAAUGUAAUGAAUGUGGGAAAGCCUUUACACAAAGCAUGAAUCUUACUGUGCAUCAGAGAACUCAUACAGGAGAAAAACCCUAUGAAUGUAAUGAAUGUGGAAAAGCCUUCAGUCAAAGCAUGCAUCUUAUUGUUCAUCAGAGAAGUCACACUGGAGAAAAACCUUAUGAGUGUAGUGAAUGUGGAAAAGCCUUUAGUAAGAGUUCAACUCUUACCCUACAUCAGCGAAAUCACACUGGAGAAAAACCUUACAAAUGUAACAAAUGUGGGAAAUCCUUUAGCCAAAGUACAUACCUUAUAGAACAUCAGAGACUGCACUCUGGAGUAAAACCUUUUGAAUGUAAUCAAUGUGGAAAAGCUUUCAGUAAGAAUUCAUCACUUACUCAACAUCGGAGAAUUCAUACUGGAGAGAAGCCUUAUGAGUGUAUGGUAUGUGGCAAACAUUUCACUGGGCGAUCAUCCCUUACUGUACAUCAGGUUAUUCACACUGGAGAGAAACCUUAUGAAUGCACUGAAUGUGGAAAAGCCUUCAGCCAGAGUGCAUACCUUAUUGAGCAUCAAAGAAUUCAUACUGGUGAGAAACCCUAUGAAUGUGAUCAGUGUGGGAAAGCUUUCAUUAAGAAUUCAUCCCUUAUAGUACAUCAGAGAACUCAUACAGGAGAGAAACCUUAUCAGUGUACUGAAUGUGGAAAAGCCUUCAGUCGGAGUACAAACCUUACAAGACAUCAAAGAACUCACACCUAAGUACAGUGUUUACUGGCCCCUUCAUCAUGAUUAACUCUUCAGUAAUCAGAUAAAGUCAUGUUGAGGUAGACACCUAAUAAAGGUAACAGUUGUGGGUAAUUUUUAGUUGAAGUACAAUCUACUAUAUUGGAUAACAUAGACCACAGCAGAGAAAUCA